UAGAAACCCUCCUUAUUUUUUCUCUCUGCUAAUUUUAAACCCAAAUUCCUCCUCAUUGUCGUCUCUGUCUUCUUCUACGUCUAUGUCGAUACCAUAUGGCAUCCAAGGCCAACUCCUUGAAGUUACUGUUGUUGCUUGUAAUAAAUUGAAGGAUACUGAAUGGAUUUCAAGGCAAGAUCCGUAUGUUUGCCUUGAAUACGGCAGUUCUAAAUUCCGUACUCGUACAUGUACAGAUGGUGGAAAAAACCCUACGUUUCAAGAGAAAUUUGUGUUUACGCUCAUUGAAGGGUUGCGAGAGAUCAACGUUGUUGUGUGGAAUAGCAAUACUGUUAAUUCAGAUGAUUUGAUAGGGAACGGAAAGGUUCAACUACAGAAGGUUCUCUCACAGGGAUUUGAUGAUACUGCUUGGCCACUUCAGACGAAGAAGGGCAGGCAUGCAGGAGAAGUUCGACUAAUAAUGCACUAUGCAAAUGCCAAUAAGCCAGCAACAAGCCAUGCUCAAUCAGGCCCUCCAUAUGUAACACCAACUCCUGGAUCAUAUCCAUAUUCAGUAGCUCCACCACAUGUAGCUUCUCACCCACCACCUUCUGGCUAUCCAGCACCAUCUCCUUAUUCCACAGCCCCGCCUCCUUCAGCAUAUUAUCCAGCUUCUCCUUAUCCCACAGUCCCACCCCCUUCAGCAGCAUAUCAUACAGCAUCUCCUUAUCCCCCUCAAUCGGCUGCUUAUCCUUCACCUUACUCAUCAGCUGCAUAUCCGCCUCAGCCUUAUCCACCACAGGGUUAUUCUUAUCCUCCAGGUCAAUACCCUGGAGCCUAUCCUCCACGAUCACAUUGAUGCUAUGUUCUUAAAUGCUUGGACAAGUAUUGUGCACAAACAAGUACUGGCUGAAUUUUCAUUUAUUAGUGUGGUCUCAUAUCUGUCUGGUAUUGAAAUUUCAGGACUUCUCCAUGACCUGUUUGUGAUUGCUAUGCUGAAACUGUUUAUUAUUUGAUGAAUCUGGAAAUUAUUCAAACGAAGCUUAUGUUUUGUGCCUGUACUAUAUAGGAGUAUUCCCAAGCGAAAUGUACAAAUUUUUUCUUGUCAGAUAGGCUCCACCGGCUUUUGUAUGUGCCUCAUAGCCAAAUGUGGAAUCACAUGAUGAUCAUUCUUUUUUACAUGGAACACUUUAGAUUGUACUUAUGUGAUUUUUACAUCCUGUUAGAAUUGUUGAUAUGCCAGUUUUUUGUAAGUUGAACAAAACAUAUAUAUUUUUGGGAAUCUUGCCUCUUGGCC